CCCGCGGCCCCGCUGCUCCCCCGGUCGCGCCCCCGCCCGCGGCCCCGCCGCUCCCCCGGCCGCGCCCCCGCCGCGCCCCUGCCACCGCAGUACGAUGGAGACGACAGGAGGGAUGGCAGCAGCUGGCGGCCGCAGCAACAGCAGCAGUCACAAGGAUACGGGAGGCAGCAGCAGGAAGGAGAGAGGAUAAAUGAUGGAGGUUGGCAGACCGUCGGUGAGAAAAAGAACCAUGGAAGACCACAGCAGUCUGAAGCAUGGAAUGGAUACAGAAAGCCACCGUCAGAACAACAAUACUCUGAGGAUGUCGAUCACCAAGGAGUCAAUGUGGAGCCUUCCAGGGAGGAGCUGAAUAGCUUAUCGAAAGCAUGCAGCAGACUAUGGGAGCUCGAUAUGAACCGCUUAGUUCCUGGUAAGGACUACAGAAUCGACUGUGGUGAGGGAAAGAAAGUUUAUCAGAAGGGUGAUAUGGCAUCCGAAAGCUUGUUCAGCUGGCUAGGUGAUGAUGUGUUACGAAAGCCCACCUACUCUCGUUUUUGUGCACUUCUUGAUAACUACAACCCACACCAGGGUUACAAGGAAGUUGUUACCCAGCAGGAUAAGCACGAAGAAGUAGCAUUCAUUGAAGAGAUUGCCAGAACAGCACCAAUUAAGUAUUUACACCGGUACUUAGUGCAGAAGGGGGAAGUAUCUCAGGACUAUGAGGACUUCAAGAGAAUGCUGGCAUCCCUAUGGUUUGAUUUGUAUGGAAGAGGUGGCAACUCUAACUGCUCUUCUGCCUUCGAGCAUGUGAUUUGUAUCUCAGGACUAUGAGGACUUCAAGAGAAUGCUGUUGCAAUGCUCUUACCUCCUCUGUUGCCUGUCAUGAAGCAGACGACUCUGUUCUCUUCAUUAAUGCUGGUGGCGGUGCAAUUGAAGGCUGUGAUUCCAACGUAAAGGUUACUGGUGAUUCAUUCUUUGAAGGAGGGGAUGUUAUAGAAACGAAUGAAAGCAUAACUGAAGGUGGUGAUUGUCUCUCUGUUUACCACUCAGCACGCUAUGGCAGCUUCAGCUACAACUUCAACGGUCUUGCCCCUGGAGACUAUAUGUGACAUUGGAGCUUGUGUGGUGAACUUGAACUUGUGUGGUGAAUUUCAAAUGAACCUUUAUCGUUAUUAACACUUAUAUGGUGAACUUGUGUAUGUGAUUUUACUUGUGUGAUGACGAGAUUUUGUUAAAUUUGGUUGCGACGAUAA